AAGGUGUUUAUUGUUGGUGCACACCCAUACAAUCACCAACCACAUCACACGUUUGAUCUGGUGUUGUUGCCGCCGAACAAAAGACUUCGGCCAGAUCUGUCUGAUGUUUUUUUGCUUUCUCAACUGAACAGACCAAAAAAAAACUCAAUCAGAAUUUCAUAUAAUCCUUCAUUCGUCAGGGUGUUGUUUUGUUCGCUCAUUUGCCAACCCGUAAGAUUCUGGGCGCCUGCCGAUCUCACAUAAAAUCGCCCCCUUUUUUCCCUUGGUGUAAGACCAGUUUUUUCGGAACUAUCGGAAACAACACCUGAACAUUCCCUUCCAUCCACGACAGAACAGAGGCAAUGGAAGCACACAACGCAGCAGUGGCGACCAUCUCGGCGCGCGUGAAGCACUUCUCGGACGCGCGGCAGCCGUUCCGCAUCUACCACGGCUCGACCAACAGCACGCGGCGGUCGGACAAGCGGGCCGACAACACGGUCGACACGAGCGGGCUGGACCACGUGCUGUCCGUGGACCCGGAGCGCAGGGUCGCCGUGGUCGAGCCCAACGUGCCCAUGGACGCCCUGGUCGCCGCCACCGCGGCGCACGGCCUCGUCCCGCCCGUCGUCAUGGAGUUCCCCGGCAUCACCGCCGGCGGGGGUUUCUCGGGCACGUCGGGCGAGAGCAGCUCGUUUCGGCAUGGCGCGUUCGAUGCGACGGUGGAGUGGGUCGAGGUCGUCCUGCCCACGGGGGAGGUCGCGCGGGCGUCGAGGUCCGGGGAGUGGUCGGAUUUGUUCUGGGGUGCCGCGUCGGCGUUUGGGACGCUCGGGGUCGUGACGCUCAUGGAGCUGCGGCUCGUCGAGGCCAAGCCGUACGUCCAGCUCGAGUAUCACUUGUCGAGUGGUGUUGGUGACGCGGUGGACAAGAUGCGGGAGGAGAUGGCACGGGAGGAGAACGAUUACAUUGACGGUAUAGCCUAUUCGCUGGGCGAGGUGGUCACAUGCGUAGGACGGCUGGUGGACGCGGUGCCGGAGGGAGGCAGGAUACAGCAAUUCACAAGGCGCAAGGAUCCGUGGUUUUAUGUACAUGUUGAAAAGGACAUCCUGCCUCGGCUCAAGGGCCGAGGGCGGAAGCAGAUUGACGGCAAACCUGACGACAAACACGAAAGCAUCAAGUUUGCUACAGACUACGUGCCCCUGACGGACUACCUAUUCCGCUACGACCGCGGCGGCUUCUGGGCCGCGAGGUGGGCGUUCCGCUACUUCCUCACGCCCUUCAACCGGGCCACGCGCUACGUGCUCGACCCCCUGCUGCACACGCGCGUCAUGUACCGCGCGCUGCACAAGUCCGGGCUCGCCGACUUUUGCAUGACGCAGGACGUCGGCGUGCCGUUCAACAAGGCGGUCGAGUUCGCCACGUGGCUGGACGCGGAGCUGAAGAUAUACCCGCUCUGGCUGUGCCCCCUGCGCCUCCGCCGCGCCGAAGGCCCAGACUCGGCCCACGGCCUGCACUCACAGUUUGCCGACCCGGACGCGCCCGACCUGCUCAACUUUGGCGUUUGGGGCGAUCUGCCCAGGGGCAACAUAGACCGCCGGGCGGCCGUGCAGUCCAACCGGCUGCUCGAGGCCAAGGUCGCCGAGCUGCAGGGCAAGAAGUGGCUGUACGCGCAGGCCUUUUACACCGAGGACGAGUUCUGGUCCCACUACGACAGGGCGUCGUACGAUGCGCUGAGGAAAAAGUAUGGUGCGGAUUACCUGCCCAGCGUCUACGACAAGGUUCGCGUGGAUGUUGACGCCGAGGAGGCGGCGGAUGUCGGGGGCUCGUUGGGCACAAGGGCCAAGAGGACUCUUUGGAAGGUGUGGCCGGUGCGUGGUCUGUAUGGCGUGCUGGCAGCCCUCAAGAGCGAUGAUUACCUUAUGCAAAAGACUAGGCGACAAGACAAGGGUGGUUCAAAGGCCACAUCGUAGUAGGGGGUGGAAUGCCAUGAAUGAUGCUGAUUAUUAUUGGGCGGUUGAUCGUUUGUUCUCUUUUUUUUCUCUGAUUAUUAUUAUUGUGAUUUUACAACAACGGUUCAGUGUGGGUUUCCGCGCAUCGGAAUUAAAUACCGCUGUGAUUUGCUGUUCUUCAAAUAGAAAGAACGCCUCCAUGUCGGUUGAAUUAACAGGGCAAGACCGCCGGUGACUCUCCUCGACCUUUAGCGUUUACUUUUUUAAGGUUCUUCAGAGGCACAGCCUUCUCAAGCUCAUUCGUCACAUGGCCGUCAUAUGGUGAGUGAGAACCUACCUACUUCACAGAGAUCGGAAAUCGUGCCCUCGUCAUCUUUAUCCUGCGAUACACCUCGGCAGCUUGGAUGCCCAAAAAUAUCUCAUCUGCGACGUACACCGCUUGUGUGUCAAGUUUUUGAAUGACUUUGUUGCUUCACCACUGUUCAUGGGUCGCCUUUGCGCCCAGUCCAGGCUAAUAGUGGCUGCG